AUGGCCAAGCGGAAAGCGAGGGAGGUGGCUGUUUCAGACCCUGAUGUGAAGCAGACUGAAAACGAGCCCUCCACCUCAGAGCACGGGUUGGACUUUAAGAACAAGGAGCGUGUGCUCAUUGUAACCUCCAGGGGGAUUACCUUCAGGUAUCGCCACCUGAUGCUGGACAUGAUGCAGCUGCUCCCACAUGCCAAAAAGGACUCCAAGCUGGACACCAAAACCGAGAGGAACCUCAUCAAUGAGGUGGCGGAGCUCAAGGGAUGCACAACCGGCAUGUUCUUUGAGACGCGGAAGCACAAGGACCUGUAUGUGUGGCUGGGCAAGACGCCAGCAGGCCCCACGGCCAAGUUCCAUGUCACCAACGUACACACCAUGGCCGAGCUGAAGCUGAGCGGCAACCACCUGAAAGGGAGCCGCCCCGUGCUUUCUUUCGACGCCACGUUUGACCAAGAGCCGCACCUCCAGGUGCUCAAGGAGAUGCUGACGCAGACCUUUGCCGUGCCGCGUCGGCACCACAAGGUGAAGCCCUUCUUCGACCAUGUGAUGAGUUUUACGGUGGCAGAUGGCCGCAUCUGGAUCAGGAACUACCAGGUGCUUCCCAACCCCGAGAAGAAGAAGGCGGCGCCCGGAGAUGUCACGUUGGUGGAGGUGGGACCCAGGGCCUGCCUUAACCCCAUCAAGAUGUUUGCGGGGAGCUUUGGUGGACCUGUGAUUUAUGAGAACCCUUCCUUUGUAUCUCCCAAUGCGAUCCGAGCGGCACUGAAGAAGCAGCAGUCUGGGAAGUAUGGUGCCAAGGUGGAUGCAAGGGAGCACCGCAAGCAGCACGUCGCUGCCAACCCACUUCCGCGGAGCGAGCUGGCUGAUGUCUUCCAGUGA